AUGAUCAAAGAAGAACUCCUAAAAUUUAACGAAAUUCCAAAAAGCGACUAAAGAAAUUUCCCAUAGAUGGCGCUGUUUGCCCUUGAUUUGCCCACUGGAGAAAUUUUUUGGUUCGACCAGUCCCAUAUGGUUUGGUCAAAACCAAAAAAUUUUUCUCAUGGGCAAAUCAAGGGCAAACAGCGCCAUCUAUGGGAAAUUUCUAUAUACUCUUCCAUCAAUAUCUACGUCACGGCCAAGACUUUCAAUCAGUCCAAGCGAUUCAAGUCACAAUUUAGCAUAUCAAAAAUUGUUAAAUGAGCUUAACAGAAGCAUCCACGAGCAAGAACUCAAAGAAAUUAAUUUUAAAAAAAUACACCAAGCAAAUAAGAAUAAUACUAGAAACUUAAACCAAAUAAUUAUUAAUUAAUAAUAUCGAAAGCCUUUUUUAAAGGAAAAUAUUCAUGAACAUUUAAAAUAUCUUCAGGAUGAAGUUGAAAAAGAUAAACUUAAACAAGCCGAAAGACUUAAACGGAAAAAACAACACGCUGCAUUUUUGCAGCGACAAAUUGAAGAAAAAGAAGCCAAGCAAAAAUGUUUAAAACUUGAAUUUUUAAAGCCAGGGAUCUCUGAAAAUUUCCACGGAUACCCAAACAUCCCUGAAACACCUAAAAAAGAAAAAAGAAAACGAGAACUGUCUUUACAAAAAUACUUUAAAAAAGAUCUCGACGAGCAAAUGGAAUUCCAAGCAAAAAAUCAUGAGUAUCAGAAGCAGGAAAAUCUAAAAUUAGAGAAUAAAAUUAUUUCUGAUGCAAAUAAUGAGCUAGAUAAUCAAAAAAUAAGAAUGCUAGAGACGAAAAAGUUUCAUAAAGAAAUGUUGACUGAGUCUUGGAAUAAAUCAAUACAAUCUAAAGAAUUGGCCAAAAAAUUAGAAAAAAUAAGGAUUAAAGGAAUAAAGCUGCCUAGAGUUUUUGAAAGAGAAGAGACAAAUUUUGAGAAAAAUAAUGAAAAAAUGAUGGACGAGCUAAAAGAUUCAAGUAUUGAUGAAAAAAUAUCAAGCAGGAGAUUUAUGUAUAGAAGCACAAGUAUGCCUGAAAUUACACCAAUAAGCAAAUUUAUUGAAACAUCUAGACAAAAUUUGAUUGAGGAGACAGAGAAUAUUGAAAAAUAUCACGAUAAAAUUAAAAGGGUCAUCAAUCAGACAAAACAUAUUAGAAAUUACAGUAAUCCAAGCUUAAAGCCUACACUUAUUAAAAAUAAUGGGAAUAUAAUGAGAGCAGUAAGGAAGUCUCAUAAUUAG